CGAAGUGCGGAGUUGUGGCUCCGGGACGGCUACCUGUAGACUGAGCCCGAAGCUAAGGAGCUCAUUCCCUGUCAGUGUCUCAGCAGUCUAGUUGGUUGUUAGAAGCUUGAACCUUCUCAAGAGCAGUGACUGGCAGCAGUGCUUCAAGGCCUGGUCAUCUGCUGGGCCUGGGCCAGGAUUUCAGCAAAAAGUGAACUUUCCUGGGUGGAGCAGGUAUGGAUGAUAAAGGGGACCCAAGCAGUGAAGAUGCGCCGAAGGCUAUCAAACCCACAAGUAAAGAGUUCAGGAAAACAUGGGGGUUUCGGAGAACCACGAUUGCUAAGCGUGAGGGUGCGGGAGAUGCGGAGGUGGACUCCGCCGAGCCGCAGCCGCAGCAGCACAGCCUCUCCCUGCGCCGCAGUGGAAGGCAGCCAAAGCGCACGGAGAGGGUGGAAGAGUUCCUAACCACAGUGCGUCGACGUGGAAGGAAAAGUGUGCCUGUCUCCCUUGAGGACUCCGGUGAGCCUGCAUCCUGUCCGGUCACGGACGGGGAAACGGCCUCAGAAGGGAGCGUUGAGAGUAGCUCAGAGAUAAGAGGUGGCCCUGUUCCCAGCUCCUCGGGGGUGAAGGAACGCCCUGUCUCUUCUGGAAAGGUCAAAGGAGGUGAUGAUGAGGAAGAUACCUCUGAUAGUGACAGCGAUGGCCUUACUCUGAAGGAGCUUCAGAAUCGCCUUCGAAGGAAACGAGCAGAGGAGCCAGUAGAGAGGCCCCUGAAGGGCAUUCAGAAUCGCCUGCGGAAGAAGCGCUGGGAGGAGAAUCCCCCUGAAACUGUGGACGAGGCAUGCAGCGCUGGCGAGGACACCCCACCCUGCAAGCAGGAGCCCGAGGCUGGCCAGGGGGCAGGGUCCCAGGCAACAACAGAAAGUGACAGGGAGAACCUGUCGGAGGGGACAGAAACUCAUGGAACAGAAGAUGAAGGCCCUGGCGACACAGGAAAACCCAAGCCCGAGUGUGAGGUUUAUGACCCCAAUGCUCUGUAUUGCAUCUGCCGCCAGCCUCACAACAACAGAUUUAUGAUCUGCUGUGAUCGGUGUGAGGAGUGGUUCCACGGAGACUGCGUGGGCAUUUCUGAGGCCCGGGGACGGCUCUUGGAAAGAAAUGGGGAAGAUUACAUCUGCCCAAACUGCACUAUUCUGCAAGUUCAGGAUGAGACCAACUCAGAAGCCACAGAUGAGCAGGAACUUAGAUGUAGACUCGAAGGCAGUGACGGCACAGAGUGCACAAGUAUAGGGACAGUGGAACAGAAGUCUAGUGAGGACCAGGGGAUAAAAGGUAGAAUCGAGAAAGCUGCAAAUCCCAGCGGCAAGAAAAAACUCAAGAUAUUCCAGCCUGUUGUGGAGGCUCCGGAUGCUGCCAGGUGCAUCGGCCCUGGGUGCUCCAGUGUAGCACAGCCUGACUCCGUGUACUGCAGUGAUAGUUGCAUUCUCAAACAUGCAGCAGCUACUAUGAAAUCUUUAAGCUCAGGUAAAGAACAGAAACCUAAACCUAAAGAAAAAGUCAAGAUGAAGCCAGAAAAACCGAGUCUUCCCAAGUGCAGUGUUCAGGUAGGGAUUAAAAUCUCUUCUGUGCACAAGAGACCAGCUCCAGACAAAAAAGAAAACCCAGCAAAGAGGGUGAUGGUGGCCCCUCCUGGAAGUGAAGCCUCAGGGAAGGAGGCAGCCUGUGAAAGCAGCACGCCAUCCUGGGCGAGUGACCACAACUAUAAUGCAGUGAAGCCGGAGAAGCCUGCAGCCCCAGCCUCCACGUUGUUGUGUAAAUCCACGAAGGAUAAUAGGAGGAUGGAGGACAGGACAGUAGUGGCGUCAAAGAAAAUGACUCCUCCAGGAUCCUUGGUGGGCAGACAACCUUCACCUAGGAGUCUGGCUCCAAAGAAGCCUUCUCCCUUUGCGAAUGUGCCAGCAGCCAAGGCCACUAAAAAGCCCCCUGCAGGCUUCAAGGGCACCAUCCCCAAGAGGCCGUGGAUCCCAGCUGCUCCUUCGGGUGCUGUUGCCAGGCAGGCAGGAGCAAUGUCUACCGCUCCCAAAAAGUCACCUGGCUCUGUCGCUGCGACAGGAGCACUCAGGAAGCCAAUGGCCGCAAAUGCUGCUGCAGCUGCUCCAGCCCCGGGCCGCCUCGGGGCUUCCGGCCCUGCCCCAGCACAGCCAAAUUCACAAAUACGCCAGAAUAUAAGACGCUCCUUGAAAGAGAUCUUGUGGAAAAGAGUCAAUGACAGCGAUGACUUGGUCAUGACAGAAAACGAAGUAGGAAAAGUCGCCCUCCACAUUGAAAAGGAAAUGUUUAACUUGUUCCAAGUUACAGAUAAUCGCUAUAAGAGUAAAUAUCGCAGCAUCAUGUUCAACCUCAAGGAUCCCAAGAAUCAGGGACUUUUCCAUCGAGUUCUGCGAGAGGAGAUCUCUUUGGCAAAACUAGUGAGGAUGAAGCCAGAAGAGCUUGUGUCUAAAGAGCUUUCUAUGUGGAAAGAGAGGCCAGCAAAACCUGUGGCAGAGUCCAGGGCUAAGUUGCAUCCUGAAAGCAAGAAGACCACUGUUAAGUCAGAAACUGUUCCUGACAUGGAAGACUCCCCACCAGUGUCAGACUCAGAAGAACAGCAGGAAUCAGUACGAGCUGCCCCUGAAAAGAACACAGUACCUCUUCUCGAUGUCUUCAGCAGCAUGUUGAAGGAUACAACAAGUCAGCAUCGGGCCCAUCUUUUUGAUCUAAACUGUAAAAUUUGUACAGGUCAGGUUCCAUCAUCAGAAGAUGAACCAGCUCCUAAAAAACAAAAACUGUCCACUUCUAUGAAGAAAGAUGACUUGAAGUCCAAGUAUGACAGCUCUCCCUCGGAUCCAGUUCCUGGCUCGGCUGAUGAAGGGAUCACAGAAACUUUGCCUGAAAAUACUCCUGAGCCAGACCUGGAAAGCACAUCUCGUCCACUCCCGGAGAGAAAGUAUUUCCCUGGACUUCCAGGAGAGAGUCAUGCUGAGCCUUCCCCACUGGAAAGCCUCACUCCCUCCUCAGCCUCCUGUGGGGCUGGUGUGGUCACCACAGUUACCAUGUCCGGCCGAGACCCCAGGACUGCUCUGAGUGGGCUGGGCACUGUCACCACCUCCACUGCAGCCCCCCUAGACAGCACCCACACAGCAGAAGCCAAGCCUGAUGUGCUAAAGCCUGCUCUGACCCCUGUGGUGGUCCCUAAGUCCAUACUGGCCAAGCCAUCCCCAUCCUCUGACCCGAGAUACCUGUCAGCUUCACCAUCACCAAAUGUCAGUGCCUCAGAAUCACGGUCACCCCCAGAAGGAGACACGACUCUCUUCUUGUCUCGCCUCGGCACUAUUUGGAAAGGAUUUAUUAACAUGCAGAGUGUAGCAAAAUUCGUCACUAAAGCGUAUCCUGUCUCUGGGUGUUUUGAUUAUCUCAGUGAGGACUUGCCCGACACGAUCCACGUUGGUGGAAGGAUUGCGCCGAAGACGGUUUGGGAUUAUGUCGGCAAGCUCAAGUCUUCCGUGUCUAAGGAGCUCUGUCUGAUCCGCUUUCACCCUGCAACAGAGGAGGAGGAGGUCGCCUACAUUUCUCUCUACUCCUACUUUAGCAGCCGUGGCCGCUUUGGGGUUGUAGCUAAUAACAGCAGGCAUGUCAAGGACCUCUACUUGAUUCCACUGAGUGCUAAAGACCCUGUGCCGUCUAAACUCUUGCCCUUUGAGGGACCAGGUAAGCACCCAUUUCCUGGGGAUCAUUAGGCACAUUCGGUUCCUACCUGUCUCUCCACUGGCAGGGGUCACCAGGUAGAUAUCUGCCAGUCCCACACCCCGCUUCCUAGAAGCCUGUCCUCUGAAGCACAGGGGUGUGGUCCUACAAGUCCGUCUAGCAGUAUAAAAAGUACCCCAGAUGUUGGUAGAAGGAAAAGGCCUGCUACUUGGAACCAGCCCGUUCACAGCCUCAGACGAGUGGACCAUUCAGAAUGCCCAGGAUUUGAGGACCUUCCUCAAGAAGAGGAAAGGUAUUACUCCACGGCUGCUGGCAGGAGCCUCAGCUUGGAGUAAGUUGGUGUCUGUGAGCAGCCUCCUCCUCUCUGAGGCUGCAUAUCCCACAGGCUGGAUUCCUCAAAAUGAUGACUUACAAGUCCUCUGCUCAAGGUUUUGUUUUCUUGGUGUGGGUCUUGGGGCUUGAACUUGGGGCCUGGACACUAUCCCUAGCUUUGUUGCUCAAGGUUAGCUCUCUACUACAUGAGCCCCACAGUU